CAUGUUGGUUCUACAGUUUCCAAAAUUAUGCCUCGCUUCGCCGAAUAAUCAGCAGAUAAUGGUCUCUUCCUUGGGCCAACAACUUCAAUGGCUUUCUGUAUCUAAAAGCUCCUUCAUCGUUUGGUUAUAUAAACUGGCGGCCUCCAUCUUCCAAGGUGAUCGGCUCUUCAGACUAUCGCUCAUCACACAAUUCUCCAAAGCCAUCGCCGGUCGAUUGGCCAUCUGUUUCCGUCCAAGAAGCCUUUAGCAUUGUUCUUUCUGUCUAUUCUCUUGUCAUCAUCCUUUACUUUCGGCAUUUCAAGUCGCAAUUACCGUCACUCUUCUCCCACAAUUUCUCCGUUGUUGAAGUAUACCAUCCAUCAUGAGUCGCUUCUUUGGCCUCGGUAGUAAGAAGGAGCCGAGGCGUAGCACUGAUGAGGACAUGAGCAAAAUGCAAUACUACACCCCUCGCGGCAGCAUUCCCGCUACGGUCGUAGAAGAGCAAGUCCGCCAAGUCGUAAUUGACCCAAACGACGACAGCACCAACGGUCCUUACCCUCAUGUCUACAUGAACCGAGAACCGACCAGUACCGCACCAGACGGAGCCAUCUUUCAAAGAUUUGAGCAGAGAAACCGCCCAAACGAUACAUCUCUGCACGAAGUCCCUGUCAACUGCCGCAUGGAUCUCAACAAAAAGUCCGCGCCUUUCAUGAAAGUCAAGAGACGCGAGGAAAGACCCACUGAUCCUCGCGACAGAGGACGGGUUGUUCAGAAUGAACUCAACACCCCCGGUCCUUUCCGAGGCGUUGUCGCUGUUGAUAGAAACACGGGCCAAUCUCAUGGUGUUGCUGGUGUCAUGUACCAUCCUCAGGGAAGGAGGUUGGCUUUUCAGAGGGCGCAGAUGGAGCCGUUGGAUCGCGAGGGUAGACAGUAUAUGCGUCGGUUUGCGGAUGAUGCUGCUGAUCCUCAUCGCGUGACGACUUGGCCUCCGAGAGAUGAGGACAGUGAAGAUCUAACGACUUAUGAGAAUCGGUAUCAGCAGGUUAGAAGGACUCGACCGCCUCAGCAGACUAAGGCUGGGAGGCAAAAGGUGCAGGGUCAGUGAGUUAGUUUCUGGUAUGUUGAUUUUGGAAUACUGUUUUGUGUAGAUAUCUGGCAGCAUAAUGGACAAGACGUUGGGUAUUGACUUUGGCAGCGCCAUACUUAACCGUAUUGUUGUGAU